CGAAAUGUCAUAUGGGCACGCGCUGGAAUAGACCGUAAGCCGCUUAUGUGUACAAGGCUAAGAGCUCCAUGAGCAUGAUAGGCAAUUCUUAUUCCCAAGGUGUUCUGUUCGCAUCAGAUUCAGAAGCAAAUAUAUCCUUCGCCCUUGCAUAUCGGCUGCCGCUAUCUUUCAUCGUACUACCACGAUGAGCUUGAAAGGUUCAGACGAUGUGGAUGCUGUCGCCCGUGUCGGGCUGGAGAAGCUGGGCUACAAGCAGGAGAUGACACGGUCUAGGGGACUAGUACAUAUAUUAUUCAUGACACUAGCAAUCAUGGCAGUUCCGUAUGGUCUUGCAGCUCCUAUCGCGACAUCGCUCAUUGGAGGUGGUCCAGCGGUAAUGAUAUGGGGAUGGAUCCUGGUGUCAAUCUUGACCCAAACCCUCGCUCUUUCACUGGCGGAGAUAUGCUCCAAAUAUCCCACAUCAGCAGGGGCAUAUUACUGGUGUUAUCGACUUGCAUCUCCACACACACGAGUUCUCGCCUCUUGGAUCAAUGGCUGGUUGACAGUCGUUGGUGUUUGGACGAUUGCUCUGAGUGUCACAUUUGGAACCGCUCAACUUGUUGUGGCCGGUGCCGGAAUAUUCCACCCUGAAUGGGUUGCAACGGCGUGGCAAACAUAUGUGAUUUUCCUCGGCGUGACUGCUGUUGCCUUCUUGUUCUGCCUAUUCUUCAACAAGCACCUGCCGACCAUCGACAUUAUUUGUGCUUGCUGGACUGGCUUAGGCAUCAUCGUAAUCUUGAUAUGUUUGUCCAUCAAGGCUGCGGCAGGGCGCCAUUCUAUCGCGUUUGCACUUGGACAUUUUGAUCCAUCUUAUUCAGGAUGGACGCCUGGGUGGUCUUUCUUCAUUGGUCUAUUGCCGCCUGCAUAUACAUACGCCGCCAUAGGAAUGAUUACCAACAUGGCCGAAGAGGUUCAUAACCCUUCUGAAAUACUCCCAAAGGCUAUCACCUGGUCCAUACCUAUUGGCACAUUAUCCGGCGUGAUAUUCCUUCUGCCAAUCCUUUUCACGCUCCCAGAUAUUGCCACAUUGCUUCAAGUUUCUUCCGGUCAACCGAUUGGUGUUAUGUUUACUCUGGCCAUGGGCUCCGAGGCUGGUGGUUUUGGGCUGUGGUUCAUUAUAUUUGGUAUCGGUAUGUUUUGUGCGAUCUCCAUAUCUUGCGCCGCUUCUCGCGCAACAUGGGCGUUCGCACGUGACAAAGCUAUCCCAUUCCAUCAGACGUUCUCAAAGAUCAGUCCGUACCUCGACGAUGUCCCUGUCAAUGCACUCCUGCUCUCCACCGUUAUCCAGAUUCUCCUUGGACUCAUCUACCUUGGCUCAACAGCUGCGUUCAACGCCUUCGUGGGCGUCGCUGUCAUGUGCCUCGGAGCAUCCUAUGCCAUGCCCGUUGCCAUGUCGCUUAUGAACGCCCGGCGAGACAUGCAUGAUGCCCCAUUCAACCUUGGCAGGUUCGGUACCGUGAUCAAUGCAGUCGCAGUACUGUGGAUCAUGUUUGCUAUGGUGCUAUUCUCGAUGCCUGCCGUCAUCCCAGUCACGAAGGUUUCCAUGAACUAUGCUUCGGCAGUGUUUGUGGGAUUUGCGGUGAUAAGUGCUGUGUGGUAUUUGAUCAACGGCCGGUUUCACUAUACAGGGCCUCCCAUCCCGGAAGAGUCCACGGACUCCACGGAGUCCAAUCGGUCGACCUCCCCACUUCGAAGGUGAUUUGAAAAGCCGAAGGUCUACCAUGUCGUAGUCACCACGCUAUUACAGUAUCACUUCCAAACUAUGUACAAAAUAUCUUGAAUGCU